AUUCUUCACUUCGAUUGCAUUGGAUCUCAAUCUCAAUCUCGAUCUCGAUCUCCUUCUGAUAACAUACAAUGCCUACCAUCGCCGGACCUAGUUCGUCUCCUCAGAAGCAUGUCAUCGGUUCUAGAUCGGAGAUUAUCGGAGGUCUUAGAUCCGCUGAAGUCAACACUUCUCGGAAACGGAAGUUGAGAUCGGAUUCGGCUGCGGAGGUUGCCGCGACGACGGUGUUGCCUGUGAAUUCGAUUUCUACGCCGAUGAAAUGGAAAUCGCCUCGUCGAUGUGCUGUUUCAAUCCCUAAGACCUCUGAUGAGGAGAUUAAGGAAGAUUCUAAUGGAAAUUUGACAAGUCCAGUGAUAUCAGCUGUGAAAAACCUAUCUGUUUGUUUAGAUGUUAAAUCAAAAUGGAACCCUAGAGAUGAUGACCAAAUCAAAGCUGUGAAGGAGGUAUUGCAUGUGUCUAAGGCACCGUCAACUGUUGUUUGUCGUGAGGAUGAGCAAAGACGGGUUUUCGAGUUUGUGAAAGGUUGUAUGGAACAGAAGAAAGCUGGGAGUUUGUAUAUUUGUGGCUGUCCUGGAACUGGAAAGUCACUAUCCAUGGAGAAAGUAAGACAACAAGCUGAAGACUGGGCAAAGCAGGCGGGUUUGCCUUGCCCGGAAACAGUGUCUGUUAAUUGCACAUCACUGACAAAAACUACAGAUAUUUUCUCCAAGAUACUUGGUAGCAAUGAGUCCGGGAAGAAAGCUAAUGGUUCAUCUUCACCUCUCCAACAACUUCAGAGUUUGUUUUCUCAAAAGCAACAACAAUCCAGCUCAAAGAUGAUGCUAAUAAUUGCAGAUGAAAUGGAUUACUUGAUCACAAGAGACCGAGGUGUCCUUCAUGAGCUUUUUAUGCUCACAACUUUGCCUUUUUCAAGGUGUAUACUUAUAGGUGUAGCAAAUGCAAUAGACCUUGCAGAUCGUUUCCUUCCAAAAUUGAAGUCUCUUAAUUGCAAACCUUUGGUUGUCACUUUCCGUGCCUAUUCUAAGGAUCAGAUCCUUAGGAUACUGCAGGAAAGGCUUGUGGCACUUCCAUUUGUUGCAUUUCAGUCCAAUGCCUUGGAAAUUUGUGCAAGAAAAGUAUCAGCUGCAUCAGGAGACAUGAGAAAGGCUCUAUGUGUCUGCAGGAGCGCUCUAGAAAUCUUAGAAAUAGAAGUUAGAGGAACAAUAGAUCAAGAACCACAAGGUGCAGCUCCAGAGAGUCAAGUGGUGAAGAUGGAUCAUAUGAUAGCUGCAUUGUCCAAAACGUUUAAAUCUCCAGUAGUUGACACCAUCCAGUCUCUACCUCAACACCAACAAAUCAUAGUCUGCUCUGCUGCAAAGGCCUUUAGAGGAAGCAAAAAGGAUAGAACCAUUGCAGAGUUAAAUAAGCUAUACUUGGAAAUCUGUAAAUCUUCGAUGAUAACUCCAGCUGGAAUUACUGAGUUCACUAACAUGUGCACAGUGCUAAACGACCAGGGGAUUUUAAAACUCAGUCAUGCUCGAGACGAUAAGCUAAAGAGAGUGAGCCUUAGAGUAGAUGAAGCAGACAUCACAUUUGCUCUUAAGGAAAUUCGAUUCUUCCGCAACUGUCUUCUAUGAUGAAGUUAUUGAAUUAUAGCAACGGGUUGGUUCCUUCAUUCUUUACAGAAUACAAAGAGUGUAAAAAAACUCAGUACACAUAAAUUGUUUUAUAAACAAACUAUACUCUUUAGUCUUUAUGAGAUUACAGGCUGAUCAGCGCAGAUGUUGAACUCUUAUUAUGUAAUCUUCCUUUUUCCGACGACUUCCAUAUUAACAUUUAUAGUAAUAGACUAAUAGCCAUGCUCUCAAUGAAAUAAAUGCCAUCAAGUGAU